AUGGACUACCCCAGCAACCUGUCUCGAAUGCACCGCCUACGCGAACGAGCAGAGAAGGAAGAGAAGCGCAUCAAGCAACUUGUGGGAAUUGCAAACAGCGAGGGACAAAUCAGACCGAACAGAAGCUACGUUCCAGGACGAUCUGCACCACCAAGACCAGGCGGAAGAGCCUUCGCAGGAUUCCACCAACCAGAAUUCCAAGGAUUCCAGGGAUUCCAAGGAUACCAAGGAUUCCAGGACGAUCGCUCCUUCCAAGCUCCAGAGAUCGAGACUGCGGGAACCUUCCACACCGCAAUGACGACCCCUCCAACUAUGGCGGCAAAACAAAACGUUCGAGUCACCGACGGCCAAGGAAGACAAUUAGUGGUCCCGACAUCCGACAGCAAACUAUACUGCCCGGAAGCGGUUGUCAACAUGCUGUCGUGCAUGAGUAUCAUGGAGGAACUCGGACAACAGCAGGAAGAAGAAAAUGGGUGGACAAUGCUCAGCCAAGCGGAAGAAGCACUGCAAAAGGCAAGCGGCAAGCCAUACCCAAUCCACUGUUGGGGAUGCAACGAGGAAGGCCACAACUUCCGAGACUGCCCACACAAAGAGGACCCCCAAGUCCUAAAACGUUUCUAUGAAAAACUGGACCAGUGGAAGCAACGAAAGAACGAAGAACGCAGAAAUAAUAAUUCCCAUUAUAGACGAGGAGGAUAUAUGACCCAAGCAAUCUGCGAUACAGUUCAAGCCAUCAAGGAUCCACAGACAGAAUCGGGAGAGAGGACAAACCUGUUGGUGAAUCUCGUCGAAGCGGUCACGGCACACACUUCCACAGCAGCAGCAAGGAAAAGACCAAAGGGGCAGUCAACCCAGCCGGCACUAUCAUUUGUCACCUUUGGAAGCUUCGCGGCCAUGGAACAAGCCCACCAGCUGAACUUCUCGGUCAAUGACAUGCUGACAUUCUUGAACUUUCCCAUCGGACUCAACGAAUCCAACACAGCUAAUUUGAAAGGACUCUACGACACCGGAGGAUGCUGCAACAUGGGGAAGAAAGACUACCACCUGGCCAUUGUCAAUAUCGGAGGCGCGUCAGAAAAACAGGACAUGACACCAGCAAACGCCAGGACAGAACACACUAGAGCACAUCGAGACAAUGUUCCCACUCUUCUGGAGACAAAAGGAACUGCUUAA